AUGAAGUUUUCUGAGAAAAUUAAUGCAGUGAAGUAUAGUAUUUAUAAAAGUGAGUUCUCGGCUUGCAUUUGGAAAUCAGAGACUCCUAAAGAAUUUGAUUUACAAUGGGAAAGUCUGAUUAAGAAAAGUGGGUUAGAAGGAAAUAAGUGGUUGCAAGACCAAUAUGAACUUCGGUCAAGAUGGAUUCCUGCAUAUGUUAAUCACAUUUUCUCAGCGGACAUGUCAAGUAGUCAACGAGCAGAAAGUGGACAUGCAUUCUUCAAGAAAUUUGUUUCGAAGAAUAAUUCAUUGGUUGAUUUUAUGAUACAGUUUGGCAGGGGAUUAUUGCGCCAACGACAUGAGGAGUUGAUGGCCGAUCACAAAGAUGUAAUUGAGAAACCUAAACUUAGAAUAAAUCAUGACUUUUUGGAGCAAAUGGUUGAUAUUUACACGAAUGAGAUCUAUUACAAGUUUGAGGCUGAAGUGUGUGACAGCUUUAACUAUAAGUUGCAGUUUGUUAGGGCAACCGACAAUCAGAGUGUGUAUCAAAUUCAAAGAAAGAAGCUCGUAACAAGUAAAGUCCGCGAAGUUGUUUACGACAAUGACUUGGAUUUGGUUUCUUGUAGUUGUAAAAAGUUCGAAAGCGCUGGAAUUCCAUGUACGCACAUUAUAUCAUAUUUGAUGAAAAUUGAUGCUGAAAUAUUGCCCGAUAAAUACAUCUUAAAGAGGUGGACUAACUCUGCAAAAUCGGGGACAGUGUAUGAUGAUAAAGGCAUGCAGAUAAGCCCUGACAAUUCUUAUCUUUUAACGCGGAGUCAAUUUAUCCAAUCAUCUUUGGAAUUAGUUGACAAGUCCCUUGUAUGUGAAGAAACGAGGAAGAUGUUUACCGAUGGAGUGCGUAUCCACAUGGUUAGUGGCCGCGCGGUUGCAAAGAGCUUCACCGAGAAAAGUAAUAAAAUGAGUAGUAAUUUAAUGGAUGAUGGUACUAGUGUACAGGAUUCUUGUACUUUUCAAAAUAGUUUCAAUGAACCCGAUCAAGUGCGAGCAAAAGGGUGCGUCAAAAGGUUGAAGGGAGGAAAAAAGAAAGCAAUGGCUAGAGAAAAAAAUAAAAAAGAUAGACGUUGCCACGGGUGUGGUAAAGUUGGCCAAUCACAUGAUAAGCGAAAUUAUCCGGCACUCACAAAUCCGUAA